AUGCGACGUUUCGUCAAUGCUGUUGUGCAGGCAUUCGGCGAUGAGUACCUUCGUUCUCCUAAUGAGGAGGACACUACGAGGUUGCUCGCCAUCAACUCGCGCAGAGGCUUCCCCGGGAUGUUAGGAAGCGUUGAUUGUAUGCAUUGGAGGUGGAAGAACUGCCCUAUGGCGUGGGCGGGGUCUUACACGGGGCAUGUUAACGCGCCAACUAUCAUUCUUGAGGCGGUAGCGUCGCAGGACCUGUGGAUCUGGCAUGCGUUUUUCGGCAUGCCUGGUUCGCUAAACGACAUCAAUGUCCUCCACCGAUCACAUCUCCUCGAUGACUUAGCCGCUGGACAGGCACCGAAGGUUAAUUACACAAUCAAUGGUCACGACUACACAAUGGGUUACUACCUUGCUGACGGAAUUUAUCUGGAAUGGGCCACGUUUGUGAAACCCAUUCCGUCUCCUGUCGGCCGCAAGCGGCAACACUUUGUCGUGCAACAAGUGGCGGCUCGCAAGGACGUGGAGCGCGCCUUCGGAGUACUUCAGUCGCGGUUUCCCAUUGUUUGA